ACGUCUGACAUUUCCUGGCUGGUUGCAUGAGUAGUGUCAAUGAAUGUAUCAUGUCCCGAAAGAAACGAGUGGCUUACUAGUUGGGUUAGAGUUUAAGGUGUGCAGGGAGAGAGGCUAUAAUCCUGACCAAAGCUGGCUUUCGUCACUACAGUCGUUUUGACUAAGUAGGACCACGGGCUCUGGUAGGACCUAUCCGAGGGCUAAGCGCGUAUCGAUAGCUAGUUGAGCUAGUUAGCUUGCUAGCUACGUUACAACGUUGACCCAUUUAAAGGAUGUAUCUGGUGGGGCUGACGGGGGGCAUUGCCUCGGGGAAGAGCACUGUGUCCUCCCUCCUCAGAGAGCUUGGAUGCCCCAUUAUCGACGCUGAUGUUGUGGCCAGGCAAGUCAGUGGUGGAGCCCCACAGCAGGGCAUAUGUCCAGAUAGUGCGGCACUUCGGGCCCGACAUCCUGCAGGAGAGUGGCGAGAUCGACAGGAAGAAGCUUGGCCAGCUCAUCUUCGCCAGCGACGACAAGCGCCGGCUGCUCAACGCCAUCACCCACCCCGAGAUCCACAGAGCCAUGCUCAAGCAGAUCCUGCUCUACUUCCUCAAAGGUUAUCGAUACGUCGUUCUAGACGUUCCAUUGCUGUUUGAGACAAGAAGACUCACCCGUUUCCUCAACCACACCGUAGUAGUCUACUGUGACCCGGCCACGCAGCUCUCGCGGCUGAUGCAGCGGGACGGCCUGACCCAGGAGGAGGCCGAGCAGCGCGUGGCCACGCAGAUGCCCAUGAAGGAGAAGCGCGGCCUGGCCAGCCACGUCAUCGAGAACUCGGGCAGCCGCGAGGACACCCACCGGCAGGUCCUCCGCCUCCACACCACGCUCGAGGACUCCAUGGAGUUCCUGCUGGUCCGCGCCGUCGCCAUGGCAGCCGCCGCCGGCCUGGGCGGCCUCCUCCUCUACACAAUCAAGCUGCUGGUGUCCUAGCAACGGUGACCACAGAGGAGGGACGUCUGGAGGGUUCUAUAUCAGGGACUGGGGGGGUUCCGGUUCAGGAAUUACAUGGUUCCCAUGGCAAUGGUUGAAGUGUGACUGCACUGAUAAGCUGGGAGAUAUAUAUAUUUUUUUUUGUUCGAAUCAUUUAUUUGCUUACUUCAGAAAAAUAGAUUUUAAGGACUGGUAACACUUUUUGAAAGAAGUCACAUAAUUGGAUGUAUCGGACAGUCUGUUGUAGUCUGCGCUGUACCACUCUGUGUGUGUGUGUGUGUGUGUGUGUGUGUGUGAAAGCAGUGACCUGUAUGUGUUAACUCCAAUAUGUCCAAUGAUGUUGCACAGUAAAACACUAACUAUGAGGUAGCAGUGGUGUAAAUAUGUACUUACUGUAGGUUUCUUUUUCUCUUUCUUUUUUAAUGUGAACAAGCAUAACAGACAAUGCAUUAUGUACAAUUGCUGCUACCUUACAGUUUUUAAAGAAAUUAGAAUGUAUGUGAUAUCACUUGUAUUUUCCUGUAUGGAAUAAAUAGGAUUUACUCACUACAACCAUA